UGAGCAUUUUUCGAUCUGGGGGAUUACUACUAAACUAUUUUCAAUCAUGAUGGCUGGCGGUUCAGCUGAAGUACAGAAACCACAGCAGGCACAGUUCAAACAAGAUAUCUCUCAUGCAGCUGUCUCGGGUAGCCAGAUCCACCCUCCCAAGGCUUGGUGCUAUGUUUCAAGAACCAAGGAAGAAACAAAAGUGUUGGCUAGUUCAGUUAAAAAGAAGUCUUUAAAAGAUUAUAUGUGGAGUUUAGUUAAUAAUGGAAGCCUAACAUUAUUGUCCAUUUUUGUGUACUGUGCUUUUGUCAUGAUCAUCUACGCUAAUCCUAACAAUUUGUAUUGGUGUAUUGAAGCAGUUUUCCUAAACAUGUAUGCUCUUGUUGUAUUAAUAAUGAUUGGAGUUAAAACAAAAGAUGAGAGUUUGUUUUGUCUUUUUGUACUAAUAUUGGAUAUAACAAUUAUCAUGAAGGCAGAAAAUAAUCCAUUUAACUAUAUUUUUUUUAUUUUUGCAGCUUUGAUAUUAUUCAACAAGAAAGAACUCUUUUGUGCUGUUCAAACUAAAAUUUCCUCCACUGAUAAUGACAAAGUUGAUACAAUUUUUAUUGUUUAACACCAUUAUUUAUAAAUUAUAACUUGAGUUGGGCUGCAUAUAAUGUGGUUGCUAAUAUUUUAUCUCAAUGAUACUAUUUCUAAUUAUUUGAUAUGACUUGCUUACUGAAUUAUGCUAGAAGAGUUAUCUAUUUAGCUAUUCUUGUAUUCUUCUUCUUAUGCCUAUACUAUAUACUAUUUUAUUGCAUUCAUCAUUCUAGAAUUCAAGCUAUUAUUCAUAA